UUAGGCGAUAUUCUUCUUCCCAAUCAGUACUGAUAUCGCCACGGCUGUGCCAAUCGCCACGACAACGAAGAACAGCAGAAUGAGCACCUGGAGGCGUUGUGUCUUUUCAAUAGAAUCGGUAUAAGUAGCGGUAGUAGUACCACCAACGCGCACCAUUUCAAUCUCACCGGAAACGCGAUGCCGUCCAGUCCACCAAUUUUUGAAUGUCAACAACUCCAUCACAAUACAGGUGAGGCCGGCUACGGCUACGAAUGCGAUGUAAAUGCCGAGUGCUGCAUCGCGAUCACUAAACAUCCUGAAGUGAACGACGGCGAUCAUCGUUGCCGCUGCUGCACAGAGCCAACAUCCAAAACCAAAGAAGCCGUGUAUGAGAUUGAAAAGGAACCGUGCUUUCGAGUCAGGAUGGCAUCUGAAGACAGCGUUGAGCGGUUGAGCCCAUGCAACCACACAUGCGAUUAGUCCCAGCAUCGCAUGAACAGGUCCCCAUUGGUUAUUCAGUUCCGAUGAUUGGUACGCCUUUGGUCCAACCCAUCGCCAGUCUUUUGCCACGAACACUACCACGAAGCCUGCUAUCGUGCCAGCGACACCGAUAAUGUUCAGAGUGCGAUGGAAAUGGAACCAUAGCUGAAGCCCACAAAUAGCCGAAUUUGGGCACUGGCCUUUCAUAUGCCGCGCGAAAAGGAUCGCUGUGGAGAUGAAUAUUGACCAUGAAAGAACCAUAAGGAUAGCAUGAGCAAUCAUCAGCUUGUCAUUAUUCGAUCGGUCACCUUCAUCCAACAGUGGAUUCUCCACCAUACCCACUCCUCUCACAUAUGCUGACAUUCGCGUACGCGGCAUGACGUAUCGAUUGGACUGGUGAUAUGAUAGCCGGUUGCCUUCAGUUGGUCCUGCUGCUAAUAGUAUUUGGUAGGUGUUGUUGAGAUUGAGAAGAUUGUUUUGAUUAGGAUCCAAUCGUUGAUUGAUCGCACAAUAGAGAAGACCACCAGUGUUAGAGGUACGGAGCACGUUUUGUAUGCCAACGUUGCUGAUAAUGGUGUUGCUCGGUUUCUGUCCAUUCAAAGCCAGACCUCCCGUGGGUUGACCGUUCAAGGUUGCACAGAAUACAACCAUAUCAUCACCCAUAAACUCAUCCUUCGAAAAACCAACGGCCACGUAGCCAUUGGCUGCAGGUGGUGUUCCAGCCAGUUCCAUCGCUAAACUGUCUCCAUCGAUCUGGUAGCUAAACUGAAUUUGACAAUUUUGUCCAGGACGGCAUCCAGGCGGCGCGAACAAACAUCCCUUCAUUGUGCCACAUGGUGA